UCCUGAAGCAGCUUCUCCAACUAAAGUUGUGUUUAAGGAGUUCAUCAUUAUGUUUGAUGUUUGUGUUAUUCUGUAUCCAGCCUUCUAGACACGGAGACCUUGAGGACCAGUGUUGGUCGUCUCUGCUCCUUUGUCAGUGUGAAUAGAAGUAAACUUCCAGCUCAGGUCUGGGACAGUUUGUAUGGAUGCAGAUGAGACACGAUGCUAGCAAGCUAACAGCUAACGGUGCUGAGAAACGCACAGCAUUUAAAAGAAACUGAGAGGAAUCAUGACAGUGAAGACAUGGUGAGCGUUGACGUCACCCACUGAAGAGAAUAGCAACUGGUCGAUCCACUGACAUGGAGGGCAACGGAGAGAACAGUGACACUGACAGCGGCAUCAUCCUUCAUUCAGGCUCUGACAGCCCAAUGACACAUAUGAAGGAUGUGACUACGCACACACGGGCCAUGAAACUCAAACACCAGGCUCUCCAAGACCGUCUGGAGCUCUGCCUACUGGAGUUGAAGAAACUCUGCAUACGAGAAGCUGAGUUGACAGGCCGGCUCCCAGAUGAUUACCCUCUGCUGCCGGGAGAGAAGCCUCCGCAGAUUCGUAGACGUAUUGGAGCUGCGUUUAAACUGGACGAACAAAGCUUCCCUCGAGGAGCAGAGGAUUCGAAACUGAGUAUAGUGGAUGCUGAGUUGGCGCUUCAGAUGAAGAUAUAUGAGGCAGCGCGCAAGCUCUGCGAGGAGGAUCACAUGAGUAAGGCUGUUAAAAAGAGCCGGUUACAGCAGUGCAAGAGGGAGGAGAAAAAACUGAAACGGCUGCAGGAGACGGCUUUUCAGCUACGACUGGAGCACGGUCGAUCAUCACCACUCCCUGCUUUUAAUAUUGCACAACACGAUCUGGGUGCAUCUGAUGACAGCUCUCUGUCUGAUUCUGUUGUACAAGAUGAAGAGGUGACAAGUCAGUCAUCACAGCUGUCCUCUGGACUCCCCGACCCCGGAGAGACCGAUCCUCCUCAGCCUCCUGUGUCCUCACAGUCCUUCGUCGACGGCCCCUACAUGUCUCCAUCUGUGGCUCCACAGACCCUGCUGGUGACCCCAAGCCAGUCUCCCCAUCCGAGUCUAGACUCUAUGCUGAGUUUAAACUCAAGCCCCGUAUGUGACCUUCCUCCCAUCCAGCACUCCCCGUGGACAGAGUCAAGUCUCGACCAACCUUACCAGAAGAGCAGGAAGUCUCGCUCCUCCAGCAAGACGAGCAGUCCAGCCAAAAGUGAAUUGUUGCCACCGUUGGAGGCUUGCUUUGCUUCCCAUCUGAGGCUGAGCCGCUCUCAGUCGAACAGCAUGCCUUCCACACCAGAGAUGCGAGUACACAGACAACUCUCCCUCAGAAUAUCCAACCCUGAAUCUUCAUUUGAAAAGAACCGUGGUCGCACCAGAGGUCCAAGGAGGCGACUGACAGAAUAUGCAAUAACUUUACCAGAGACUCUUCUCCCCGCGGUGAACUAUGGAAACCACGUUAACUCUGAGGAUAGCAACUCUGAACACUCAUUUACAUCUUACAACAGCUCACCAUGUCAUGAGUUGCCCUGUGAUUUGCCCAAACAAUAUCAGUCUGCACUACCGCAUCCUGGCCCAGUUGGCAGCUAUGGACCACAAGCCCACCCACGCACUGGCUAUUACCUUAAUCCCAGGCUCCAGUCCGGCUCCAGCUUUCACAAGUCCUAUUACAAUGAAGAAAUGGUCUACCAAAAUGAUCUGGAUUUGGCGCGGGGCUACUCCGCCCAGCAGGCUCCCUGUCCUUCCAACAGAUAUGAGUAUUACUAUAAAGAGGCUGUGGUGCCCCACCAGAGAGCCCAGAGGCCUUUACCCCCUGAUAUCAGAAUCCCCCCCUCCCCGGUUCAAUGGGACCAUCCACACUACCGCUCCAAUGGCCUCCCACCACAAGUAGUGAAUGAACAGCUUAAGUCAUGGCACUGGCGCAGUCAGCUCAAAUCCCCGAGAUCUCGCUCUCUUGACAGACAGGGAGCAGUCAGAGUUAAAAACAUCUCCACUCGGGAGGCGACCUUCCACCAAAAUCAGAAUUACCAUGAACAGGUUAUCCAAAGAAGGGCUCUUCAACGAGCUGCAGAUGACACUCAAGGGCACUGGGUUGUAGAUGAUGGCUCUCACUUUGUAAGUCAAGUGUAAAUCAAGGCCAACUUGGACCGCAAACUGAACAUUGUGAACUCAGAAGCUGCAACUGCAUUCAUUCCCAACUAACCAAAGUGAAGUUGUCAGAUAUUCAAGUCGAGUUAACUGUUUAUCCCCAGAAACAUGACUCAUGUUUACCUGUAUUGGGGCAUAUAGAGGGAGAAUUAAAAAAACUGGGACAUCUUUCAAUAUAAUGCAAUUUAAUACAACAAUAACUACGGACACCAUAGUUACUGUAAAGUUGUACAUCUCUCUGCCAGUUACAGCAGAACAGAUGUACUGAAAUUUGAAGCACAGCUGUUAAGUGAACCUGUUGUAUUUGUCGACUUUCUGUAUGUUGUUUUGUACUUACCGUUACAAAUUGAGCAUUGACUGAGUGCUUGUUAAAUGUUAGUGAGGGCUGUUUUAACCUGUGACUGUAAAUCUGCUGCCAGCUCAAAAUGUAACAUUCACUGUCUCAAAAAACUAAUUUCAUCUUCAGAGUUUCUGUAUCUUUAAUUACAGGGUUAUUAUUAUAUGCAAAGCGAUCAUAAAUGAAAUGGCAAUUAAAAGCAAAUUGGCAGUAGUUCAAACACAGAAAUGUUCAACAAAAGUGCACAUCGUAGUCAGAUUGUGAGAAAUGUGAAAGUUUUUAAAAUAAUUUUUCAUAUGUUACUUAAACUGAGGUCAUUGUUGAAGUUAAUCUCAGAUGAAUUAUGAUUUAUUUCAGAAUAGCCACAUGUAAAGCCCUCAAGUACACUGCUUUAAGGUUCUUAAAAAUACAACAUAGUACUCCAUUAAAUGUGGCUAUCUGUAGCCAAAAACACUGCCAUUAUUGCGCAUUUCUGUGAGGAUGUGCUCGAGACACAGAAGUUUACUUUUAGCAGUUUAGUAAAUGGAGAAUACAGUGCUCCUUUUCACCAGCUGUAUUAAGGACAUCAAUUCCUUGUGAGAUAAUGUAAAUGACUAACAUAUCCUUUGUUAACUACAUUUUGUGUAUAAUUGUGCCUUGAUUGUGUCACCAUGUUAAUGAACUUGAGCUGCUUGAAUUUAAGAUCACAGUUUUGUCCUCAUGUACUUUUGGAGGCUAAUUUGCCUUGUUUUUACAUUUUUGUGUGUCUGCGGCUCUGCCAGCUAACUUGAAUUACUAAUGGACUUAAACAACUAGUCGAAACUAGAUAUUAAUUUACUCACAUGCGUUACAACAUAGUAAAUUUAACAAAAGCAGAGUCUUGAUGCUUGGCAGCUAUAAAUGUGUUCACUUGAGAUUUAUAAGUCCUGAGCUUUAACAGAAUCUUUAUCAGUGUUUGUGACUAGACACAAUUCUUGUUGUUAGAACCCGUACAAUUUCAACAAUGAUUUGAACUGUAUUCGAAACACGAUUAAUAUGUGAUUCACAAUCAAGUCCCCAAUUAUACAAGCUUUUGAUGGUAGAUCAUUUGAGAAUGAGAGCAAAGCACAGACUGGUCUUUCAUUGAUCUAUUUAUGCGUUUAUUUAUUGUGAUGUGCAUCAUUGGACCCAUGGAAAGUCAGGCUUGAAAUAAACGAAGACAUGGACCUGAGUUUGCAAAAAACAGCAGCAGUAGAGACUGACUUGUUGUAUAUAAAAGACCACAAUCAUGUUACCUUGUGUGCCUCUUUUUUAUUUAUCAGUUAAAUUAGUUUAAGUGGACUUAAUAAUAAAGUGUAAUGUUGCUGUUCAUAAAUCUGUGAAAAUGUUAAACCUGUGGAAGAAA